CCUGAGUUGGCCCUCAAAACCUCCCUUAAGCCCUCCGUUCCCUCUCGGCGGCGACAGCUAUGUUGAUCCACCGCACCCUCUUGGCCAGAACCCUCCACCUUCGCUUCUUCUCUCAAGCCGCCGCACUCGACCUAUCUUCGUCGUCGUCGUCACCGUCGUUGACAACAGAGCCGCUAACCAACCUCGAAGGCUUCCCCAGGCCGGAUCCCAAGUACGCGGAGACAAUCCUCGCGAUCCCUCGCGCGGCAUCCGGCACUAGCAUCUCAGUCAAAGAAAGAAAGGCAGGUCGGAUCCCAGCCAUAGUCUUCGAGCAGGAAGAUGGGCAGCAUGGAGGCAACAAGAGGCUCAUUUCCGUGCAGACAAAUCAGGUCAGGAAAUUGGUUACGCUUCUGGGUCAAUCCUUCUUCCUCUCCAGGCUUUUUGAUCUUGAGGUCAGGUCGGAGUUUGGGUCCGGCGAUCUUAUUGAGAAGGUUCGGGUUCUGCCCAGGAAGCUUCAUUUGCAUGCUGGAACCGAUGCUCCUCUUAAUGCGACCUUCAUAAGGGCACCUUCCCAUGCUUUGUUGAAGGUGGAUGUUCCUCUUGUGUUUCAAGGAGAAGAUGUAUCUCCUGGAUUGAGGAAAGGGUCUUAUUUGAAUACCAUCAAGAGAACUGUCAAGUAUCUUUGUCCACCAGAUGUAAUCCCUCCUUAUAUUGAAGUGGAUCUAAGUGAGUUGGAUGUGGGUCAGAAGAUUGUUAUGGGAGACCUUAGGGUUCACCCAGCUCUAAAACUUUGUCAGUCAAAGGAUGAGCCGGUUUGUAAGAUUAUGGGAAGAAGAGUUUCUGAUCAACAAAGGAAAAAGUAAGGACUUUUUGUCAGAUCUUGGUGAGCAUACUCUCAGCAACAAUUUCAAGCCGAUAAAAAUAUCUAAACAAGUCUAUUUGGAUUUGGGUGUGCCUCCUGCUAACAUGAUUAUCCUUCACUUGAAUGACGAUUUGCAAAGCUGAAAUUUGUAGUCAUGUAAAAUCAGGAGAGGAACAAGAAGGCAUUGUUAGAGUGACUAUUUUUUAUUUUUGCAUCACUUUAGUUCACCCAUUCUGCCUUUUGCCAAUUGAUGCUGAUUCAGGGGGGACAUUUCACUUGGUGUACCAAAGAGAGAUUACUUAAUUUUGCAUUUUAUUUUAUUUUAUUGGCUAUUAACCAUGCCACCACAGGCAUAGCGAUCGAAAUAUCUUUCCUUGUUAGAGCUGCAUUUUUCAAAAUAAAUGUCCUACAAAUUA